ACAACAAUGGAGACUUAUAAGAGUCAUUCGUCCCUCUCUGCGUCUCACUACUUUUCUCUACGCAACGCGGUCAACUGAGGUACAUUUGAGGUACCUACAGCAAUAUGACUCGUAUUAUAUCUCUGACUACCAUUGUGGCAGCUCUUGCUGCUACUGCCGCGGCUCGUCCUGCUCCUAGCACUCAUACCGUUCACGAAAAGCGUUACGGACACCAUGCUCGCUGGACGAACCCAUUGCGCAUCAGGUCCGAAUCUGACAUUCACGUCAGAGUCGGAUUGAAGCAAAACAACCUUCACCGCGGCCAUGAAUUCCUGAUGGAUGUUUCGCACCCUGACUCCGCGAAUUAUGGCAAGUUCUGGACUGAAGAAGAAGUGACUCAGAUGUUCGCUCCAUCUGAUGAAUCUGUCAACAUCGUUAAGAAUUGGCUCACUGAAUCCGGCAUUCAUGAUGUCCGCAUCACCCACACUGACAACAAGGGUUGGCUGGCCUUUGUCGCGACUGGUGAGGAACUCGAGAAUCUGUUGCACGCAGACUUCUACGAGUAUAAGGAUUCAGAGACCGGCCAUACCGCUGUCAGCACCGAUAGAUACCAUGUACCUAAACACGUCAAGGAACACAUCGACUACAUCACUCCUGGUAUCCGCUUCCCAUUCCUUCAGAAGCGCAAUGCUCUCAGAGACCCUCUACGUAUUCCUACUCCACCUCAUAUCAAAGCCGCAUUGUCAACAAGCGACAGCAACUGCGCUAAAGCUAUUACUCCGGAUUGCAUCGCUCAAUUGUACCAAAUUCCACCAGUAACUGUGUCCCCCUCCCCCGACAACUCCCUCGGUAUCUUCGAAGAGGGCGACCAGUACAACCAGACUGAUCUCGAUUCUUACUGGGCUGCAUACCCUUCCUACGGAAUCCCCAAUGGAACACACCCCAUACUCAAUUCCAUCGACGGCGGAGAAGGCCCUGGCAAAAAUGUGCAGGGCGAAUCAAACUUGGAUUUCUCACUUGCUUUUCCCAUUGUCUAUCCUCAGAACAUUACAUUGUUCCAGACCGACGAUCAGUACUGGGCCUUUUCCAGCCAGGGCUUGUUCAAUACUUUCCUGGAUGCUAUUGACGGGUCUUACUGCACAUCCUGCUAUGCUGGCGAAUGUGGCAAUGCCGAUAUCGACCCUGUCUACCCCGACACUCACUCUGGCGGAUACAAGGGUCAGCUCAUGUGUGGCACUUACAAGCCCACCAAUGUCAUUUCCAUCUCCUACGGUGCCGCCGAAGACUACAUUCCUCAGUCGUACUAUGAACGUCAAUGCAAUGAAUUCAUGAAGCUCGGGCUCCGUGGAGUUUCGGUUCUUUUCGCCUCUGGAGACUCUGGUGUUGCUUCCCGAUCUGGUUGUCUCGGAAAUAGCUCCACCAUCUUCAACCCGGACUGGCCUGCUAGUUGCCCGUACGUUACUGCUGUUGGAGCCACUAAGAUCCCUGUUAACGGAUCUGUUAGCGGCGGCGAAGUUGUCGCAAAUGAUCCCGCUGGCCAUCCUUUCUUUUCGGCUUUUGCCAGUGGUGGUGGUUUUAGCAAUCUCUUCCCCAUUCCUGACUAUCAGGCGGAUGCUGUUGCCAGCUACUUCGCCAACCACAACCCUCCUUAUCCUUCCUACAGCGGUAGCAUCCUCGGUGAAAACGGUGGUCUCUACAACCGCUCUGGUCGUGGCUACCCCGACGUCUCUGCCGUCGGGGACACCAUCCCCAUCUGGAUCGGGGGCGAGUCUGUCAUUGAAGGUGGUACCUCUGCCUCUGCCCCUAUCGUCGCAUCGAUCAUCACCCGUAUCAUCGACGAGCGUAUCGCAGCCGGGAAACCUGGUCCAGUGGGAUUUUUGAACCCGGUAUUCUACAAGAACCCUGAUGCAUUCAACGAUAUUACUCAAGGUUCAAACGCGGGAUGUAAUACUGCUGGAUUCUCAGCGGCCCCUGGUUGGGAUCCUGCGUCGGGUCUUGGGACGCCUAAUUAUCCUAAGUUGAGAGAUGUUUUGUUGGCUCUGUAG